AUGGCUACCUCCCCCAACAAGAAGAUUCGUGAAGCCUCGCAACUAGAUCAACUGAAGCAGUUUACUACUGUAGUAGCCGACACGGGCGACUUUGAACAGAUUAACAAAUACAAGCCACAGGAUGCCACUACGAACCCUUCGCUACUGUUCAAGGCUGCACAGAUGGAGCAGUAUGCCGCUCUUGUGGACGAUGCUGUCGCAUAUGGAAAGGAUCUAUCGGCUGACAUGUCUGAGAAAGAACGUCUCGGCUAUGUCAUUGAUAAGCUGUCUGUGAACUUCGGUCUGGAGAUUCUUAAAAUUGUACCAGGCUACGUGUCAACCGAGGUGGACGCUCGUCUCAGCUUCGACACGGACGCGACAAUUGCGCGUGCCCAUCGCAUCAUUGAGCUGUACGAGAAGGCUGGUAUUAAGAAGAAUCGCAUUCUUAUUAAGAUUGCUAGCACGUGGGAGGGCAUUCAGGCCUGCAAGCAAUUGCAGAAGGAGGGUAUCUCGUGUAACAUGACGUUGCUUUUCGGGUUUGCCCAGGCCGUGGGAUGUGCUGAGGCUGGCGCUACUCUCAUUUCGCCAUUUGUGGGUCGUAUUCUGGACUGGCACAAGGCUAAAACCGGCAAGUCCAGCUACGAAUCUCACGAGGACCCUGGUGUAGUGUCCGUGACCAAGAUCUACCAGUACUACAAGAAGUAUGAUUACAAAACUAUUGUCAUGGGUGCUAGCUUCCGUAACACCGGCGAGAUCACCGAACUUGCUGGCUGCGAUCGUCUGACUAUCUCUCCUGGUCUCUUGGAGGAGCUUACCAAGUCUAGCAGCAAGCUUGACAAGAAACUGGACCCCGAGACGGCCGCCAAGGCAUAUGCAGGAGAGAAGGUUUCCUAUGACGAGAAGGACUUUCGUUUGAGUAUGAACGAGGAUGCUAUGGCCACCGAGAAGCUUGCCGAGGGUAUCCGCGGCUUUAGCGCCGAUUUUGUCAAGCUCGAGCAGAUCCUCAAGACGAAACUUAGUGCUUAA